GGAGAGGGACUGAAGGAGAGGGGGUGAUGGCGAGGGGGUGAUGGCUGCCCCUCCUGCCCCGUGCAACCUUUCCAAACUGGCCAAGCUCGUUAUCACAAACAUCGGCCUCACUCCAGGCAGCACCUGCCUGCCAAAAACACAGCCAAAGCAAACAGUCACUUCUUGGGAAAACACACCUUGUCAUGCAGCUAAUUUCGAGGACAGAGGGUAGCAAACAGAGGGGCAGGAAUUUCCCACAGGCAGCCAGCUCUCUGACCAAGGAGCCCUCACAGGCAGGGGUGCCAUGGGGCUGUGUGGCUCCUGCAGAGAGGAGAGGGGAGCAUUGAGAUGCCAGCAGCAGAAAUGCAAUGCUCCCCAGCAUGGGUACUGGUGAAUUUCACCAUCAGAAGAAAAGUGGGGCUCAAAUGUGAGGUUGAAGUGAAAACAGAACUUGGGAAGGGUAUCUGAGGUGAUGCAAAGAGUUGCCUUGUCUCCAUUUUGGGUAAAGGAGCAUUUUCUGGUGAAUCCUCCACCACCUCUUGCUGUGAUGCCUGGAGGAAUUAAAACACAGAUGUUUUAGGAGACUGCCUUGAAAAUGUUUGAGGAACAGGGUGAGGAGUUCUGAUGUGAACGGAGCCAUUUCAGUCUCCCCAGCCAGCAACAACUAUAAUGUAAGAGGAAUUAUAUAAACACAAACAUACAGAUAUUUAAGAAUCCCUGCAUCAAUAUAACUUCUGUCAGCAUUAAAAUGUGAUAUCCAAAGUAUUUGGGGAAUGUUUGUUUUCCAUAAACAAAACAAUUUCCUUCCAACAAAAGCCAGUUUGUAAAAACAACCGCAAACCUUCAUUCCAGCCCCGGGUGAGAGGAGACCGAGUGCUUUGUAGCCUGAUCUGUGGCUGCAUCAGUAUUGGUGGUGAAUAAAGAAAAGCCCUAAAAGGAGCCUUUUGGGUGGGUUUGCAGAGGGAUGUCUGCCCAGGAGGAGGAGGGUGAGGCUGUGUGCUGCAGUGAUACUGGGGUGCACUGGAGUUAAGCUCCUUGGCACCCCUUAUGCACCCCAGGCACAGCAAUGGGGUGGAAGAAGGGGUGGCAGAAGGGACAUCAGGGUGGUUUUCCCUGGCUUGGUGACCACCGACCUGCCAGAGCCAAGGUUUCUCUAUUAGCUGCCAGGAAAGUGUGAGCAAGGAGGGACUGUUUCAGUGGGCAUUUCUGGGAAUAUCUGCCGGUAACUGUACUUUCAUCUGGCCAGGAACUACAAAUUUGGGAACACCCAGAUUGCACAACGCCGUGGCUGAUGCUGCCGCCCGCAGCCCUGACAGCAAUAAAUAGGCGAGAAGCAGGCACAUGAGCAGAGCCCUGCGAGGAGAACAUCCCCAGGUACACCCGCUGCCCGCUGCUGCAGAGAUGGUGCACGCAACCGCCUUCCUCCUGGUGCUCAGCCUGGCCGUGGUGGCUCCGGUCCUCUCCACAAGAAAGUGCGUGCUGACCGGGCGCUGGACCAAUGACCUGGGCUCCAACAUGACCAUCAUGGCUGUGAACGCGAAAGGUGAAUUCCUCGGCUCCUACCACACGGCUGUGACAGUCACCGGCAACGAUAUCAAAGUGUCACCGUUGCAGGGGUCCCAGCACCGCACGAACGAGAACAGCCAGGCCACCUUUGGCUUCACCGUCAACUGGAGCUUUUCAGACUCUGUCACUGUGUUCACGGGCCAGUGCUUUGUGGAUGAGACAGGAAAGGAGGUCUUGAAGACCAUGUGGCUCCUGCGGUCACAUGUGGACAGCAUCAAGGAUGACUGGACAGCCACCAGGGUCGGCGUCAACGUCUUCACCCGCCUGCGCUCAAAGAAGGAAUGAGGGUGAUGGGGGUUCCUGAGCUGGCAGCAGCAUGUGUCCCCCUGCCCGGUCCCCCAUUGCUUCUCACAAUAAAGCUUUGCUCCAAACACCCAC